AAUUAUUCGUGUUCGGCUAUUCGUGCAAACUGUUCAGGGAUGACGAUAAAGCCCUGCACAUUGAUCAAGGCAAACACCUCAUUCCGUGGAUGGGGGAUGAAACGUUGAAAAUCGACAGGUUCGAUCCGUUUUUUACUAUAAGACUGUAACUGUGGCGCUAAAAAAAGUUUAUAAGUAUAGUAAAUAAUCAGAAAGUAUUAAUUUUUGGAAGAUGCUAAGUAUUUCGCAGAAAAUGUUGAAAGUUUUUCCUGAGGGCUGAAGAAAGCUGAGGUUGCCGUACCUGGCUGCCGCCUUGCAUAUUGUUAUGGUGACUUCCUCCGGUGGUACGAUGCAAGGGGAGCGCUUCAUGAUCUGUCAAACUUGGAAGCCCCGCCUGGGGGCUACGACUGGCGUGUCGAGCUCACCAGGGCUGAACUGGAUGUGGAACAACUGUGUGAUGAGGAGAGGUACCGUGCCCUUCAUACUGAUGAAGAUGAGGAAGAAAUGUACAAAGAAGAAGAGUUAAAGCGUCUUCACGCAGCUGGCUAUGGCCAGGUGGGCUUUAACUAUGAUACUCCAGCAGAAACAACGUCUGAAGCUCAAGCCGUCGAGGUGGAAGAACCCUUCGAACCAACAGCUGAAUUUAUAGCUUUGUUACCUGCAAACACAGUGCUUCCAGAAACUCAAAAGCAGAAUGCAAUAAUAGAGAAGACAGCUAAAUUCAUAGCUAGUCAGGGUGCUCAGAUGGAGAUCCUGAUCAAGGCAAAACAAGGGGAUAACGCUCAGUUCAAUUUUCUGAACAAAGAUUCAUCCUUACAUCCAUAUUAUACAGCACUGAUUGCUUUAGUCAAAGCUGGGAAGUGGCCAGAGAAGAAAGCUGAAGCAGUAGAAGAAAAACAUGAUGCGAAUGAAGAUUAUCUACAUCCGAGCUUAGCUUCGACUAUAAUUGAAUCAGCGCCGUCCAUCCCGAGCAUCCACUACAAGCCGUCGGCGGACUGCGACUACACGCUGCUGAUCUCGCGCAUGCGCGGCGAGGCGGUGGCCGACGAGGCGUACGCGGCCGAGCUGGCGCCGGGCGAGGUGGCGCCGCCCGGCACGGAGCCGCUGCCGCCGCGCCCCACCAUCGCGCGCGCGCCCGUGCGCUACCGCGACGCGCCGCGCCCCACCGCUACGGGGAACCAAACUCUACAGCAACAGUACGCGGCCUACUACAGUCAGUAUGUGACUCAAGUGCAGACUCAGCCAGCUCCAGUCGAACCUCAGCCGAAGAAACCAGUUGUGACUACUACUAAGUCGACUGGCCUCAGUCUCAUGAAGAACUACAAUACGGAUAGUGACAGUGACGUCUCGGACUUCGACGACAGUUCCUCAUCGGACAGCAAAGAUAAACCAAUAAUCGUAACUCCGCCCGAUGACAUAAAGAUCGUGAUCGACAAGAUGGCGGCGUACGUUGCACGGAAUGGCGACAAGUUCGAAGAGAUAGUGCGCGCGAAAAACGAUCCUCGCUUCACGUUCUUAGAACCUGAUAACAUAUAUCAUACGUUUUAUAGAAGAUUAAUGCAAGAAAAGAGAGGCGUAGAUGUCAACGGGAAAGAAAAGAAACAGAAGCACGAUAAAGCCCCUGUAUCAUUUUCUAUAAAGAAACUAAAAGAACCCGAUCCGAUCUUACCAAAACCGGCUCUUCCCUACGAAUCGAGUUCAGAAGACGACGAAGCGGACAAAGAUGUAGAUAAACAAGAAGAACCGCCAAAAGAAAUACCGAAAACGAACAUACCGCAGGUAUAUGCGGUUAAUAAUAUCCCGCCGGCGGUUGUGUACAAAAUGGAAGCGAUUCAAGUGAACAACCUGCCGUUAGUGAAAACGAUCGAACCGGCAGCUACUGUUGUACAAAAACCGACAAUAACUGAAGUCAUAGAACCGUUACCGAAAGAAAAUCAUCAAACAAAAGAACCACUGAAAGUCGAAGACAAGCCAAUUGUAGAAAUCAAUCCAGUAAAAGUCGAAAUCAAAGAGGAAAAACCGCCGGAGAAAAAAGAAGAGAGAAUUAGGGAGAGCGAAAAGAGGAGCCCCAGCAGAGAUAAAAAGAAACACCGCGAUAGGAAGAAGGAAUAUCGGUCGGAACACAAAUCCGAACGCAAGGACAGGAGAGCCGAGAGGAACUCCGAAAGGGAGAAGGAAAGAGAACGGAGGAGAGAAAGAGACGUCGAGAGGAAUAACAGAGAAACGGAGAGAGACAAGAAGAGGAGGAGGCACAAGGACGAGGUGGAAAACGAGAUCAUAUCGCUGGAAGAUAACUCCGAUGAAAUGAUCGAUCUGACCGGCGAGCAGUCGGACUCAAAAGAAAUAGUCGAAACAAUGGGUGCGGCGACUCCGCGCGCAGCGGACGCCUCGGCGGCGCGCGGGCGGCGGCGGCGCGCGGCCGCCUUCCUGCGCGCCGCCGGCGUGCACCCCGCCGUGGCCGCGCUGCCCGCCACCUCGCUCGCCAGCGCCAUGGUGGACACGUUAGAGUCGCUUCGAAAAAAGAAGUCUGAGGAAGAAGAAAAGAGAAGGAGACGGGAUAAACGACGACGAAGAGACAAGAGAGACUACGAUGACGAAAACGAUAAACACAAGAAAAGUAAACGGAAGAAAAUCAGAUCAUCUGACGACGAAGAAUCGGAUUAUGAUGGUUCAAAGAAGAAAAAACGCAAAAAAGACAAGAAACACACAUCAAAGGGCAAGAAGAAGAGAAGGAAGGAGAUGGAAAUAAAGGAACCGGUACAGACCUUGAACAUAGAUCUAACAAACACGUUGAAGGAGCUUCGAAACGCCUCUCCGACGAAAGAACUAGUCCUUCAGGACAUCGGAGAGGUUCCGAGCUCGACACGACAUGAGUCGGAGGAAGAGGAGGCGGGGAAGAUAAAGAGGAAGAAAGAGAGGGAGUACAGUGAGGGGGAAUGGUCGAGUGACAGUGGGGAGGACUCGCAUACGAGUGAAAACGAUUGAAUUACGUAUUAGGAGUAUUUUUGUAAUUGUAAAAUAAGUCUUAGUUUAUUCUUUAGUGUCGUAUUGAGAAAUUAUUGCGCAAAAUUAUCUGGUAACUUUGUUUAUAAACAUUUGAAUUUAAUUAUGUUUUAGAUGUUUUUGAAAAUGUAAAACAUACACAUGAUUUAUAUAUAUUUUUUAAAUAAUAAUAAUUGUGUAAAGAUAAACAUAUAUUUUAGAUGGUAACCUAUAUGUCUAUUGUAUAUAUAGCAUAUUCCAAUCACAGGAGUACAAGUAACAGGUUUGACAUUGUAUUGAAGUGAUUAUUUCUGAAAAAUAAAAUUGUCAUUUAGCAAAAAUACUUUGUCAUUGAGUAAAAUUGAAGUGGAUAUAAGUCGUUAACUCAAACAGUGUUUUGAGGUAAAUAAAGAUGGUUUUACAUUACAAAUUACAGUAACAAUCUGUAAACGUCCCACUUCUAGCCUUAGGCCUCCUCUUUCUUUUAAGGAGAAGGUUUGGCGAUGUUCCAAUGCGGUUGGAUACACAUGUAGCAGGUUUACUCACGAUGUUUUCCUUCAUCGCUGAGCAUGAGAUGAAUUACAAACACAAAUUAAGCACAAUAUUCAGUGGUGCUUGUCCGGCUUUGAACCUCUGAGCCACUUCGGCUAGGUAAGGUUCGUUAAUCUUUACUCCUUCGAUUGGAAUAGGUGAUAUAUAUAAAAUUAUGUUAGGAUUUUGAAUGAUUAACUACUUAAGAUUAUUAUAUAUAUUAUAUACAGUGUGGUAUUCGUUCAUAUUAUAAAAGACAAGACGUGUUGAAUUGUAUGUUGUAAAAUUGUAAAUAUGUAUGCAUUUAAUGAUGUUUACUUAAACAGAACACACAUAUAUCAAGAAUGAGACGCAAAGUUUUUUUAAUAAAAUAUAAUUCGAUUCAAUAGAAUUUACAUAAAUAAUUAGUAAUUACGAACACCGAGAAGAUAUGAAUUUAUUUAGGAUGUGGGAUACAAUUUUUUUAGGCACUUAAAACACACAUACACCAAAGUCAAACUCACACAUAUGUAUGCAAUAAGUAGACAAAUUUAGCUAUUGUUUUGUAUGAGAUUAAUUUUUUAAAUUAUUUUAACUGUUCUUUUAACAUAUUUAUAAUUUAUUUUAAAACAAUUUUGCCCGUGUGGUACAUUUACAAAUUCUAUUGUCAUUAAAACUGAAAUUAUGUAAAAUGAUAGUGUUAUGAUAUGACGCUAUACAGGCAAAUUAGAUUUCAUUAUAAUUCGCCGUCUAAUUUUUUUUGUAACGGUACCGUCAGCAAAAUAACGAUUCACACGCAACCUGAUAGUGCAUAUUUUUCGUUCGAAAUUUGUUACUGUAUUAUUUUGGAUGGUACGAUUAGGGCUUUGCCAGAGUCAGAUAAUAUUGUUCAGAACUUCUUUUCUAAUUCUCUUUCGCUCGAGAUCUGUCAUUUUCGAUUUACUUUGACGAGGUUCCAUCUCAUUCUGACGUGUAUUGUACGUAUGUAUGCAUAAUUUUUUUAACUUGAUUAUCUUUCUUAAAGGAUUUGGACAUCCAACCUUUAAAUAAAAUAAUUAUAUCUGUUCAGAGCUAAAAAAUCGGUGUGUAGGUACCAAUUGAAGCCUACAGCCCUGUAUAAGUCUGAUAUGAUAAAUAUUACAUAUACAUUUUUAUAUAAACUCUAUUUAUAUAUUCAAAUUUUAUACAUAUAAACACAGUACAAACAAUAAAUAAUGUAUAUUAUUAAUUUCUCAUACUUAAUUGAAAGUCUUGCAAUACUAUUCGAAUGAAUUGAAACAAUACGAAAUUGUUUAACAAUGUAAAUUAUGACGUCAUAAUUGUAUAUGAUGUUUUAAGGAGAUUUAAAAAUUAGUUUUCAUAUGAAAAAAAAUAUUUCCCUGAAUAUUUAUUUGUGACAAAGAAACACCAGUUGAAAGCAUAAUGUAGUUUUACUUGUAAAUUUUUUUAGAUACUCUAUAGUCUAUACGAUAAUAAUUCAAAUAUCAAUAGGCUUAAGUCGA